GUGAACACAUCAAGAGGAGGAGUAAAACAAGAAAACCAAAGAAGACAAAAAGAACAAAACAAAUAAAAUGGCAAAGGCUAUUUUGCUCCUUUCUGCAGUCUGUAUCUUGGCCUUUGUCAACUUCGCACAAUGCCAUGAUUCUCAGGCCAUCAAUGUUGAAGGCAGUGUCUAUUGUGACACUUGCCGUGUUCAAUUUCAGACCAAACUUAGCGAGUAUAUCGAAGGUGCAACCGUGCGAUUGGCAUGCAAAGAUAUUGAGACAGAAAAGGAGACAUACUCAGUAGAAGGGGUGACAGACAAAAAUGGAAAAUACAUAAUAAAAGUAGAAGGUGAUCAUGAGAAUGAACUUUGUGAAGUGUCAAUUGUCAAGAGUCCAAGAGAGGAUUGCAAAGAAUCUGCCAUUGGUUUUGAGAACUCAAGAGUUGUGUGCAGUGCAAAUGUUGGAAUCCACAAUCCAACUCGUUAUGCAAAUCCACUUUUCUUCAUGAAAACUGAAGCUGUUUCUGGCUGCAAAGAUGUACUUGACGAGUUGGGUUUAUUCCCACUUGAAUUUAACUAAAUUAUAUAUAUUGGAGUAUUAAUUAGUAUAAGGAAAAUAGCUUUUGCAUGUCCUUUUUGUUGAUAUGGUGAAACAAAAAAAAGAGAAUAAGUAUUGACUUCUCUUGUAUGUGUACUCACCAUGGAAAAAGAAAUUCCAUGAAUUAAUUGUUGAAUGAGGAGUUCAUGACUAGCUUCUAAUAAAUAAUGCUUCUUAUAGAAACUCUGGUUUUCUC